CCUGUUACAUACUUUCCGACGAAUCUAGUAUACCCUUUUACUCUACGAGUAACGGGUAUAAAUAUGGUUUCAGUAAGUUUUUAGAACCUUUCGGUCUACAAUCAAGUAAGCAACAUUUUUUAAUCUAGUCAUAUUUUUAUUAAAAAGUAGUACGAUUAAGUAAUAAAGUUUUAUACAUGUUAAAUUGGGUUUUAAUUAUAUGCUAGAAAGAGAAAUAAGUAUUUGAAAAUAAAAAUGAAAAAAAAAACAAAAUAAAUUACAUGAAUUUUAUAAGUAUACUUACAAAUUGCCGCUCACGGGCAUUAACACGGUGUAUUUUAUAAGACUUUUUUUAGUACGGACGGUCUUAAAACGGUAAGCAUGAAAUCGUACUGUUUGUACUUGAUUUUGGCACGGUGUUUUUCCCUAAGUGUAGCGAAUAUAGAAUACAUAUUUAUUUGAUAAGCAUGUUCGUUUGUCCGUAUGAGCACUGAGAUCUCGAAAACUAUAAAAAAUGAAAAGAUUGGGCCCACGCAUAAAUCCUAGGGGCUCUUGAGUAGCGCAAGUUUGUAAAUUAAAAUAAAUUACAUCGAUCAAUAAACUAAACCCCGCUACCGCUAGGGGCCAUGGCGCUGGCAUCGAAACUUGUCGGAUUUCUUCGAGUUUUAACAAUAGUUUCUGAGAUAUUAGCUCUAUAAUACACAAUAUCUAAAAAAUAUGUUUCUCGAAAAUACCUCAAGAACGAUUCUUUGAAAAAAGGUUUGAAUGAUACCAGCGUGUACAGGAAACCAAAAUGUCUAGAAAUGUGAACUCUUAUGGUUAAAAACUAGUGUUAUAGAUUUGUACGUUAAAAAUGCCGUUCUACGAUGGCAGAGGCUGAGCAGAGCUAUUCCUUAUGUCCGCUUGAUGGGACUUUGCCGAACGCUGUUUUAAAGCUAGAAUAAAAGUUUUAACGCCUACCUAACGCCCAAAAUGAUAUGUAUGAACGCGCAUAUCUCGAAAACUAUAAAAGCUACAAAGUUGGCAAUACGGAUGCAAGUUCUAGAAAUUCCUGCGCAGCGCAAGUUGGUUUUAUAAAAGUGUUACAACCACAAACCGCCCAAACCAAUACAUUGUGUUUAUUGAUGGGCAUUAUCCGCUUUCAUUUCAUUCUUGUGUUCAUAAACACCGUCUCAUGAUUUCGACAACGCACUAAACUUGAAUAUGAAUUCAGCCUUAAUGCGUGAAAUGAUUAAAUCUGGAGUCCAAGUGAAAAUGUAUGGUAACCGCCCGGUUUCUCAUGCUUUAUGCGUGGACAAAUCGGCUUUGUAGCCAUCGAUGGCUUCGAUGAGCUGGCCAAUGAUGUGUUCACCGAAUCGAAGGAGAAAAACGGGGAAAACAUUUCCUCUCUUGAUCAACCUGGUCUCCUGAUAGAGACAUAUAAGCCAAGUAGCCGUCCAACUUCAAGAGUGCAUAUGUCGCUAAAAAUUCAUUUUCUCGACUCUCACUUGGACUUUUUUCCGGAGAAUUUGGGAGCUGUAAGUGAUGAGCAUGGGGAGCGGAUCCAUCAGCAAAUGAAGGAAAUUGAGCGCCGAUAUCAUGGCUUUUGGGAUGCCGCUAUGUUGGGAUAGUCACCCAUUUGGUUUCUUAUUUGGGAAACGAAAAUUAGCUCAUACAAGAAGCAAAUAAGAAGCCAAAACUGUUUUGAAGGUUUAGUUUAAUAUUGCAUAAUUAUAACAAUCGUAGUCUAUGUAUAAAAAACUUUUUCUUUCACUACUAGUACAUCCAAAACAGUUACGCUUAAAUCUUUCCCAAAACAAAAAAUGUAUUCUACUCGUACUGUAAAUAGCGGAGCCGUAAGCGCAAACUUAAAAAAAAAAUAUAUGAAAAUGAUUUCCUAGUAAAUGCAAUCGCAUACUAUUUAGCUUGCCCACCUCUAAUAGCAAGGAAACUGACGUUAUGCAUAACUAAUUGCACCAAGUUCUGACGUUCCCCAACACUGAAAAUUUAAAAUAAUGUUUAACGGCCGCUGCUCCCGAAUACUGAACUGGGGUGUAUACGUUUAAGAAUCUGUAAAAAAUCGAUUUGCCGACGAGCUGUAACCAAUGGCUCGUGAUCAACGGCUCAUAUUCUUCGUUAAAGUUCAGCCUUCAAGAAAAAAAUAUUAAACUAUAUAUUAUAACAGCGUUUUUGCUUCUAUUUCCAAAUUUUUUAACUUUGACGAAGUGUAGCUUCUAAACUAAUGAAUGGUCCUCAAUGUUGUGUAUAAGAAA